AUGGAAGGCCUCGACGCAGUCAAGCAACUUUUAGAACCGGGAGACUUUAUGACCAAAAUAGACCUUAAAGACGCCUAUUUGUUCAUCCCGGUGCUAAAAGAGCACAAAAAAUUUCUCCGUUUUUGUUGGGGGGAUAAAAAAUUUCAAUUUACUUGCCUCCCAUUCGGACUGUCGGCCGCACCGAGGGUAUUCACUAAGGUUAUGAAGGUAGUCAUGGGCCAUCUUAGAUCAAAAGGAAUCAGGCGAAUCAUCUACCUUGACGACAUCCUGAUUCUGAGCCGUUCCUUUUCGGAAGCGUUAGACCACUGCGCAGUGGUGGCGGAAACGCUGACCUCACUUGGUUUCGUUAUUAACGAAGCAAAAUCAAUCAAGCAGCCAGUCCAACGCAUAGACUAUCUAGGUGUAGUGGUAGAUUCCACCAAACUUUCCUUCGCGCUCCCCCAGGAAAAAAUGGACCAGGUUUUGAAACUCUGCAAAAAGGCGCUCGGAAGUAAAGAUAUCACUUUAAGGGAUAUCUCUAAAAUUUUAGGCAACUUCGCGUGGGCCAUCCAUUCCAUUCCUUUUGCGCAGAUGCACUACAGACAAAUUCAGGAUUUCCAUAUACAACAAUUGCACAAAUGGGACCGUGAUUUGUCAAAAAGAAUUAUACUCCCGGCGGAAGCGCGGAGCAACUUGGAUUGGUGGAUUAACAACUUGCAAAUUGUAAACGGAAAACCUUUUUUCCCACGCUCCCUUCAUUUAAAAAUCUAUUCAGACGCAUCACUGUCAGGGUGGGGCGCUGUUUGCGACGACGUUAGAACCAGAGGUCCGUGGACCGCAGCAGAUAGAAAUCGCCACAUUAACGAGCUCGAAAUCUUGGCUGCUUUUCACGCAGUCAAGUCAUUCGCCGGCAGUUCAUCGAAAAUCGCAAUCAAACUCUACCUUGAUAAUAGCACGGCCGUUUGCUAUAUCAACAAGGGGGGCGGCACAAGAUCGAUUGGUCUAUCGAUUCUGGCUAAUCUGCUCAACUCAUUCUGUGAGGAACGCAGCAUUUCGCUCGAAGCAUUUUUUCUUCCGGGGAAACUUAAUGUCGAGGCGGACGAAGAGUCGAGAGCGGCGUCAGACAGUAGCGACUGGAUGCUUUGCCGUCGAUCCUUCCAGGCGAUCGAUAACAUAUGGGCGACAGACGUCGACUUGUUUUCGGCAAGUUGGAACCACCAUCAUGACCGCUUCAUUUCUUGGCGGCCUCAACCGGGAGCAUGGGCAGUCAAUGCUUUUUCGAAGAACUGGGGAGAGUUUAAAGCUUACGCCUUUCCCCCCUUCUCUAUGAUCUCCCGUUGCCUGGCCAAAGUGAAAGCGGAAGAAGCAAGACUGCUUCUCAUCUGCCCAGUAUGGCCCAGCCAAAUUUGGUUCCCGUCGCUGCUGGAAUUAGCGUGCGAUACCCCGCGCAUCCUCCCGCCCAAAUCUGAUAUUUUGCUUUCAGCCCAGGGCGACUACCAUCCACUGGUAGAGAAAAGUCAGCUUCUUCUAUCCGCCUGGAUGUUAUCAGGACAAGCCUGUCAGACCAAGGCCUUCCGUCAAAAGUGGUCGACCUUUUGCUGGCAGGAAGCCGUCCAGCCACGAAUACUGCAUACCAGGCCGCCUGGCACUCUUGGUCAGAUUGGUGUGCUGAACAGCAUACCAAUCCCAUGUCUAGCACUUUGA